GCGGCUCUCGUCGGAACACAAACAAAACGUCCAAAGGUCAUAGCAUCAACCCCUCACGAAAAUGGGAGAAAUCCUGGGGAAAUACGAGAAAAGUAGCUCAUAGUGCCGCCGAGAUUCAGUGGUGAACCGCGAAAAUGUGACCGGUGAUUGACGUGUCUUCCUUCAGCUGAUCGAUAACGACCCCACGCCGAAAAUGAGCACCAAACUGGCAACCCCCUCGCCUCGCACGAAGAGGCACAAGCUGAGGGAGGAUUCGAAAUACGAGACGGUGGUUCAGGUGCACAAAAUACUGAAAUCGGACACCAGCUCCGACAGGGACAACCAGAGCAACCUCAGCCUGAGCCGGACGGACAACUCUGAAGAUGGCGAGUCUAAUAGAGCGUUUCAGAUGGACGAUUUCAACGACAACCUCAACACCAUCAACGGUCACAUGCCCAGCAGGGAGAUAUCGGUGGAUGGAGAGACGCAGAUCAACACCAAGAUAUUGUCCCUCAUCGAGACAGAGAUGAAGAGGGAUAUAAACAAGCAUUCCCAUUUUACUGAUUCCAGGCCGCAAAGUCUGAGCUUCUACGAGGAUGAGAAAAUUCCCGAAGAACUUUCAGGAAACUUGGAACUCCUCAGCCCAGAAGAGAGGAAACACUACCGAAGGAAAAAGGACUACAACCAACUAGACCCGGACGAAAGAAAAGCGUACAACGCCAUCCAGGACCUGUACAACAACAGAGAUGGCGAAGAAGUGACGACAGCUAAAAAAUCGAAAUCCAGAAAAAAGAGACACGUCGACCCAGAACUAGGAUUGGGCGACAGCAGGGAGAUGAUGAUACCGAAGGAGAAGAAAAAGAGUAAAAAGAAGAAGAGAGAUUCCAGCUCUCCGAUGACCAACAACAAGAGGAAACACAAAAAGAAAGAAGAAGAGCAAGAGGCGAAGACCGACAUCACGAUAGCUCUGGAGGAGCUUCAAGAUGACGUUUUCGAGAAUAAUCACGAGGAUUUGGGCAGGGGGAAGAGGGUGAAGGAGGUGCAGGAUCCGACGGAGCGUUUGUAUGUCCAGAAAAAAAAUAAAUUUGAGGUUGCCAGCCGGCCGUCCAGCAGGGCCAUGUAUAAGGAUCCGAAUGUGCUGGAUGAUUUUCCCCAGAGGAAGCCAAGGGCGCCAUUGACUGUCGCCAUUUGCAUUCAGAAAUAUUGCAUGAAGAUCUUUCUUCCAUGUCAUGGACUUUUAGCUGGACUGGCUUUCGGACAAUGGUUGUAUCUGAUAUGCAAUUCGCACUAUCAGACUGUUGACUUCCUACACUUUUAUUCGAAUUUCAACGAUGUGUAUAUAACCCUUUUCUACUUAUUUAUAACCAUAUGCCUUGUUUCAUCCUUAGACAGGAUAGACAUCGCACAUAUCAACAGAAGGCAUUUUUUCGACUUCUCCAUGACUUAUAGAGUGAUAGGCAUCAUAGUGAUACUUUUAUACGCCGUAGGAUUGAUAUUGCAUUUAUCAGUUUGUAGCAUAGAAAAUAAGCUUGGCCUAUUAUCAGAUAGCAAUCUAACAAUCUUGGAUCUGAAUAUAACCGUGAGCGAAAUCAAGAAGUGGAAUCACAUAUCCCUGUGGAGAUUCAUCUUUGUGUUGCUUCCAUGGAUGUUAGUUGCAGCCACUGCAUCGGACGUCGAUAACAUGCUGUACGUGCAUCUGCAGAGCAUGUUGAAAUAUCUUCCAGAAAAAUGCUUGUGUCGGUAAUAAUUAUUUCACGACGAUGAUAAUAAAUACGAAGAGGUUGA